AUGUCUCUUGGCUCUAACCCCGGCAAGUACGACAAGUACGAUAGCCGGCGCGGCGGAAGCCGGCGCAGCUUAUCCAGGAGCCCCCCCCGACGCGACAGGGACCGGGACGUACACCGUGAUUCGUACCGGGAUAGGGACUCGUCGUACCGCGGAUCGCGCGACUACAGGGAUCGGGAUUACCGAGAGCGGGAGAGGGAGAGGGAAAGGGAGCGAGAGAAGGAACGGGAGCGAGAGAAGGAACGGGAGCGAGAACGGGAGCGAGAACGGGAACGAGAACGGGAACGAGAACGGGAACGAGAGCGAGAGCGGGAAAAAGAGCGAGAACGCCGAGCGAGGCGGAGAUCACGGUCCUGGUCUAGAUCGGCAUCUCGAUCCAGAUCAUCCGAUCUGCAUCCAGAUCUCGAAGCCGAUCCAGCUCCUCAUCCAGCAGCCGAUCCAGGUCACCUUCCAGAUCCCGUUCCAGAUCCAGAUCCCGGAACCGCCGCAGCAGGAGCCGCAGCAGAGGCCGCAGCCAUAGUCGCGGUCGCAGCCGGCGCCGCAGCGGCAGUCGAGGCAAAGGGCCCGGCUCGCGCGGCGGCACAUGAUGGCAGGCCAGGCGGUGUUGCGGCUGGGACAACAGCUGUCGAACCUGCGGUUAAGGGAGGAAGCGCGGCAGCUGCAGCAGCUGCUGCAGCUGUAGCAGCCGCAACGGGAGAUGACGACGGGGCAGCGGGGUUGCUCUCCGCAGAGGCCCUUGAAAGGAAACGUGCCGAGCUUCAGUCCCGGCUGGUGGCUGAGGAGUUGGAGCGGCGGGUGGCGGCGUAUGUGGAGGAGCGGGUGGCCGCGGUACUCAACAGCGAGGCUGUUCAGCGGGAGCUGCAGACGCGGUUGGAGCGGGAGCGGCGGGCAAUAGAGGAACAGGUUGAACGGGAGUUGGUCGCGGAGCGAGAGCGGGCCGCCCGGGAGGAGGAGGCGCGGCGCGAGGCGAUUCGUGCGCAGCAGCAGGAGCUGGAAGAGCUGGAAUUGGAGCGGAAAAAAGAGGAGGAGGAGGCCGCCAAGCGGCGCAGAGAGGAAGAGGCACGGCAGCUGGAGCAGCAUUUCUUGGAGCUGCAGCGCAAGCAGCAGGCCAAGAUGGAGGAAGAGGAGAGGAAGAAGAAAGAGGAUGAGGACCUGAAGCGGCAGCAACAACUGAUUCUGGGGAAGGGCCGCAAGAAGAUGUCUUUCAGUCUCGGCUUCAAGAUGUAG